AUGCAGUAUGUCAGCAAUCAGCAAUACAAUAGUAACUAUAAGUACGAUUCACUAAAACAGUUACAAAAGCUAUCAUCACCGAUCGUUGGCUUUUGCGCCUGGUCCAAGCAUGGUUCGAUAAUAAGUUCUUUAUGCGGAUGUUUUUCGAAACCUAUCCAUUUCAAGCCAUUAUCAACUACAUUAUCAUCAACAUUCAUAACGCUAAAUCCGGAUGCGGAUGCGGAUCCGGAUCCGGAUCUGCCUGAUAUGAAUAGCACGGAGGAUGUUAUUGACAAAAAUAAUGUGGAAAUAAAUCAACAAUCUACGUCAGAAUCAGAUUUUAGACGAUACUAUUGCUGCAACGAUCAAAAGGCGUUGAAAAAUCGAUCAAUUCUUAUCGAAAAGCAAAUUCUCGUUCUGUGCUAG